AUGGACGUUCACGAGCACGAGGCAGCAACAGGCUGCCGUUUUUCGUGGAACAUUUGGCCGCCAACGCGGGCUGAGGCGCAGCAAAUCGAACUGCCUUUAGGGUGUAUGUACACUCCUCUGAGGGACUGCACGCAUCUGCAACUGGUCGAGUAUGAACCCGUCAGGUGCAGGGCCAGCGGAUGCGUCCUAAACCCCUUCUGUGCAGUAGAUUUCAGAAACAAGAGUUGGACUUGCCCCUUCUCUCUCCAGAGAAAUUCUUUCCCUAGCCAUUACGCCGCCCAUAUAUCGGAGCAGAACUUGCCGGCGGAAUUGCUAUAUCCUACAAUAGAAUAUAUAUUGCCGCCGAGUUCGUCUCUGCCCAGCAGCGCAUCAGCAGCAGCAGCGGCAGCAACAGCAGCAGGUACCCAGCUGCUGCCACCACCUCUCUUUGUGUUGGUGCUUGACACCUGUAUUAUAGAAGAGGAAGUUGAGCAACUCAAAGACUCGCUGCUUCAGGCGUUGGCUUUGAUGCCUUCAGACGCAAUGAUUUGUUUGAUUUCGUUUGGUGCAAUGUGCAUGCUUCAUGAGAUUGCUGACCCCAGCGAGUAUAACAAAGUGCAUGUAUUCCACGGAUCCAGAGAACUCUCCUCUGCUAGUAUUCAGCAGCAGCUUGGCCUCUCGCCAGGCUCUUCUUAUGCUGCUCCGCGUUCGGGAGGCGCAACAACACGGCAUCCACUGGUGCCAGCAGCAGCAGCGCGCUUCAUUCAGCCUGUGGGGGAAUGUGAAGCGAAAGUUUCCUUCAUUCUCGAGAACCUCUCCAAAGACUACUGGCCUGUUCCCGCUGACUCCCGGCCGAAGCGCUGCACGGGCUUGGCGUUGUCCGUUGCAGUUGCGUUGGUGGAAAGCUGUUGGCUGCAGCUGCCUUGCCGCAUUCUUCUCUUCACUGGGGGAGUCUGCACAACGGGACCUGGGCAGAUCGUGGAUCUGCCAUUGGCAGAGUCCAUCCGUCACCACUUGGACUUGCAAAAGGAUAACCAAAAUGCACGGUUUGUGCAGAAGGCGCUGAAGUUUUAUACGUCCCUAGCAAAUAGAGCUGUUCGGGCCGGCUGCGCUGUGGAUAUCUUUGCUUGUUCACUGGACCAGGUGGGUCUGUAUGAGAUGAAGGUAAUGCCGGAGAAGACGGGAGGGUGUGUCAUAAUGAGUGAUUCGUUCUCGCUGAACGUCUACAAAGACAGCCUCAAAAAGUUUUUGGAGACCGACUCCACAGGGUUCUUGAAAAUGGGCUUCAACGCGAAGAUGGAGGUUUUGUGCAGCAAAGAGUUCAAAGUCUGUGGGGCUAUCGGCCCAUGCACAAGCACGGGAAAGAAAGGGGCUCAAGUUUCGGACUUGACUGUGGGUGAAGGCGCUUCGUGUGAAUGGCAGGCGGCUGCAAUGGAUAAAGAAACAACAAUUGCAUUUUACUUCGAAGUUACGAAUCAGCAUGUUUCAAAUUUGCCCCCAGGAAAGCAAUCUUUCCUGCAAUUUCAAACCUCUUACCUACACCCUAGCGGUAGACGCCGUCUGCGAGUUACAACGCUCUCCUACAGAUUUGCAGACCAAAGUCCUCUGGAUAUAGCCCCAGGCUUUGACCAGGAAGCGGCAGCAGUGCUCAUGGCGCGCCUGGCAGUCUUCAAAACGGAGACAGAAGACUCUCUCGACGUCCUCAGAUGGCUAGACAGGAAGCUUAUUCGGCUGGUUUCUCGUUUUGCAGACUACCAAAAGGAUGACCCUAACUCGUUCCAUCUUUCCACGGAGUUCGCCAUUUACCCACAAUUCAUGUAUCACCUCAGACGCAGUCAUUUCCUACAAACUUUCAACGCAAGUCCGGACGAAACUGCUUAUUACAGGUCUGUGUUGUUGCGAGCAAGUGUUAUGAAUGCCUUAGUGAUGAUUCAGCCGGCCUUGCUUUCGUAUUCACUCAACCAGCAAGGACCUCCCCAGCCUGUGCUGCUGGAUGCUCAGGCGCUCAAGCCGGACGUAAUAUUGUUGCUGGACUCGUUUUUCCACGUUGUUGUGUGGCACGGAGAGUUAAUUCAUCAAUGGAGAGAACAGGGGUAUCACAACAUGCCAGAAUAUGAAAACUUAAGGCAGCUCCUGCAGGCACCGGUGGAUGAUGCGAGUGUCGUUUUGGGGGACCGUUUCCCCGCGCCCAAGUACGUACAAUGCAAUAGCGGCGGCUCACAAGCGCGGUUUCUGCUGGCGAAGGUUAACCCCUCAACCUCGUACAUCAAUUCAGGAACAGCACAGCCCCUCGGCCUCACAGAGGGAGGAGAAGCCUUUAUUAACACAGAUGAUGUUAGUCUGAAAGUCUUCAUGGAACACCUCAUCAAACUCGCAGUACAGAGCUAA